UAAGGGUCCCAAACUAUACAGAGGUUUGGAAUAUUACGUUACAGUCCUGCAGGAAAAUGGCGACUGUCAUUCAUAAUCCACUAAAAUCGCUGGGUGACCAGUUCUACAAGGAGGCCAUCGAACACUGUCGCAGCUACAAUGCCCGUCUCUGUGCCGAGCGCAGCGUGCGCAUGCCCUUCCUGGACUCACAAACUGGUGUGGCACAGAACAACUGCUACAUCUGGAUGGAAAAGCGCCACCGCCAGCCAGGCCAGGCAGCAGGACAGAUGUAUACCUACCCUGCUCGUUGCUGGAGGAAGAAGAGGCGACUCCACCCUCCUCUGGAUCCCCAGCUCCGCCUGUGUGAGCUGCGACUAGAGGCCGAGCUAGCCCCCAAGCGUGAGGUGCCCCCGGGGGAGGCCACAGCCUUGGAGGCCCUCCUGAGGGGGGACAGCCUGCUGGAGAAAAAAAACAGCAUCAGUAAGGAAGAGGAGACAUUGCUGGAAAUACAGAGAGUACUGGAGGCGGAAGAAAAUGGGGACGGUUUCCAUGAUGAUGAAGACUUUGAACUGGAUACUCCAAAGAGAAAGAACAGAAACAGAGGCAAAAACAGAGGAUCAAGUCGCAGGAGGACAGAGCCUGUUAACAUGGAUGACCAGGACAAACCUUACGUCUGUGACAAUAGAUACAAACAAAAGCAUAACUCAAAAAAGGCUGAAGAAGUCUGUGGAAAGCGCUACAAGAACCGGCCUGGCCUGAGCUACCACUACACCCACACUCACCUGGCGGAGGAGGAGGGUGAGGAGGAGAAAGAAACAGAGAUGCCCCCAUCUCCUCCACAGAGCUCGGACAACCACAAACCUCAGAAAGGCCCAGAUGGCGCCAUCAUCCCCAACGACUACUGUGACUUCUGCCUGGGAGACCAGGACUCCAACAGGAAGACAGGCCAGGCUGAGGAGCUGGUGUCCUGCUCUGACUGUGGACGCUCUGGCCACCCCACAUGCCUGCAGUUCACCGAGAACAUGAUGCAGGCGGUGAGGACGUACCAGUGGCAGUGCAUCGAGUGCAAGUCCUGCAGUCUCUGUGGAACCUCAGAGAACGAUGACCAGCUGCUGUUCUGUGAUGACUGUGACAGAGGAUACCAUAUGUACUGCCUGAAGCCUCCAAUGACCCAGCCUCCUGAAGGGAGCUGGAGCUGCCAUUUGUGUCUGGACCUGUUAAAGGACAAGGCCUCAGCCUUUGGAGAAGCAUAAAAACGCCUGGACAUUCCUUUCAACACACAUAUACGCAUAUAUUUGUACAUAUACAUAUAACUGUUUGACAUGCCAACACGUAAGCAAAAGCUUUAUCUCAUAUAGAAUCAAACACACACAGAUUCAAACACACUUUCUCUCUCACACACCCACACACUCCAGUGCAUUAGCAGGCUCAGGGCAGUUUCCUGUGUGAGGCGCAGAGAUCCUCUACCUCUCAUAUAAGCCAAGCAACACUCCAGAUGCAAACGCCAUCAACAUGCAAUCUCGACCAUAAGUCAGCUAACAGAAGGUCUGCCAUUCAGUCAUUUCUCUACCUCACCACUCAGCAGACGGCAAGAAUCCAAAGCAAGAAUGAAAAAGGCCAAUACUGUGUAGAACGUGUGUAUGUGAAGUACGUAUUGAUUUUAAACCAAACGUCUGAAAUCUCUGGCUGUUCUCUCCUGAUUUUUUUUUUUUUUUUUUGGAAGGUGUUUCUCACAGAGUGUUUGCUGAAGCUGUUUCACUUGCUUCCCUUUGCUGCUCAGGCUCUACAGUGGGGGAACCUGAGUGGGUUUGACUGAUGUUUGUUUAAGUUUCUCCUUCCAGCUCUACUCCUCUCUUGUGUUUAAACUUUACGGUGACAUUCCUAUUUUAUAUCUGGACAGACUCAACGUUAGUUAUGCCAUCUUUCACAGUAUUUGUCAAGCUUGGUGAAAUUUAUAUCCAACGCUAAGAGGAAAUGGGGCAAUAAAACAGCCCUGACCAUCAUUCCUUUUGGAGCGUGUUGACAUUUUUAAUCCACGUCUGUUUUCUGUAUCCUUGCAGUUACUAGGAUAGCAUGGUGCUCAGUGUGACACUUUUACACAAUAUUUGAUGUGUCUUUGCAUAGAAUUAAACAUUUAUUUAUGCAUUGUUGAUAAUGGUCCAAUGUUACUGUCAUGGAGAUCAUUAUUACUGUAAAUCAGUGGUUCCCAGGCAUUUGCUGUCAUGAACCCUUAGCUUAGUCAUUAACCCUAAGCUUACUGGCCCUUUACUCUGCAUUUUUAUCAGCCAGUCACAAUACAAAGGCAACCAGUAACAAAAGGAGAGGCCAAGUGGAGUGGGACUGGGAUUUUUGUAAACUGUAAACCCACAUAGUCUGAUAAUGUAGUUUGGAGAUUUUAGAUUACAGCUGCUAGACAUACAGUUUAAUCCAUUCCUUACAGUCUGACACGUGUGUUUUUGGUUUUUUUAAAUAACAAACUUCAUCAGACCCUUUCUAUACUGAGGACCGCUAGGCAAGGUGACAGGCUUGCUAAGCUAUGAUUGGUCAAUUGCUGUUCAGGGGAAUGGUUUAUUAUUAAUGUUGGUAUGGGUCAAACCUGCGCAGGUCAGGUCAAAAUAAUCUGCUGUGAUAAAAGUCUCCUCACCUUUUAUGGUUUCACCCAACAUUUUACCCCUGGGUAAUGUGCAUCCCAGCAAUACCUCUGCGCCCCUCCAGAGGGCCCCCACUCCACAGUUUGGGAACCACUGCUGUAAAUUAUGUGUGUAUUAUCAAUUCUCCAAUCAUUUCUAUUUUCAAUAGCCUGUCCAUGUCCUGAGGAAGCAGUAUUUACUGGUGUGUCCUGUGUGGAAAUUGGCAUAGUUUAUGUAAGAAUUUUUACAGUUUUUUUUUUAAUGCCUUUAUAAACAGAUUCAUUCUGAAUAUUCUGCAUUUGUUUUACCAUGUGAGUAAAGGAUGUGUUUAACUGGUUUCCUGUAAAAUUGAGAACUAAAAGCUUUGAAAGCCCAAUAAUGUAAUAUAUGUUUUUGUACUGAGCAAAAAUUGGCAGCACUAACUUAAUGCUCUCUAGAAACAAGGUUGACCAUAAAUAGGAGUAAACACCAAGAAUAAGCUCUAAAAAGAAAAAUAAAUGUCCUUAGAAUACACAUAGUGUACAGGCCUUUACAGGAUGUCACAUUCUGCAUUUGUGUUUUGUUAUUGUGAAUUUGUAUUUGAUAUUGCUUUUCCACUGACAAUCAUGAGCUAGCAUAGACAUAUGAUGUUUAUAACAUACAGAGGGUUUUUUUUUUUAUAUUGUGCUUUUCCAUGGCGGGUAUAAUGACCCUUUGUGUCUUCCUUUUGAAAAUGUCUUGGGUGUCAUUCUUAUUUGAUGCCAUCACCUACAGUGAUUUAAAUUCUGUGUUGUAUUUUGUUAAAGUAAAAGUUAUGUUUUGUGUUGAAAAAAGAAAAAAAACUUUUCCAUCAUUUGUUUUCUCGUACACCGUCUAUGAGCCAGAGGUUUCCCAGUUAUCUUCAGUCUACUGGUUUCCCAUCUUUCCUUUAAAGUGUAUUUACAGAAAUUCUCUUUGAAAUGUUUCUGUUCCUUUUCAAUAAUCCAUUACCAGGAAACACUAAUGCUGUAUAGACAAACUGAAAAUAGGCGCUGAGUGUUUAUAUGGCUCUGGCCAAGAUGGCUGUGUCUGAUAUGAAUCAGUUAUAACUGAAUGAGCAGACCAGCUGUCAUUUCACCUUUAUUUUCCCCCAAUGAUAUAACUGCCACUCUGUCUGGUAACAUCUUUGUGUACUACCACAGGGACACAGAAUAAACUUGCAGGUCACAACCAUGUGACUGUCUUUUCCAGUGUUAAUUUGCUUGUUCAGCUAAUGUAGUGGGUCC